GCGGCCAGCGCUUGUCCCCGCGGCCGGGGGGCAUCGCCUGCCGGGGCCGGCGGGCUCCGGGCGGGCUGGGGCCGGCGGCGCGGGGAGUGGGGGAGAGCCAAGGGCGUAACUUCGGAGCGGGCUGCUGCCAGCCCCCGGCCCGCGGGGGGUUGAGUCCCUUCGGGUCCGUUCUUCCCUCCUCCGCCCUGCGCCAGGCGCGGAGCCUGUGCGUGGUUUUGCUCGCCACGGGGCGGACGGAGGAAGAUUGGUCCGAGUCGUCGCUCGGGAAGGAAAGUGAAGAAGUUCCGUCCCGGAGCGGCCGCAGGAGCCGGGAGCUCCCGCCCGGGGUCACGGGCUGCGCCCACCCGCGCUGGCGCUCGGGCUGGCGGACGGACGGACUGACGGCCCCGCAGGCUGGCGGCAGCGGGCGAGCCAUGAAGUUGUGGCUCCGGAGUUGUGUCGCAUCCCGUGGCGUUGCAGAGCGGGGCCGAGCGUGGAGCAGCGGCACGGUAUCAGCAUGUGCAGCACUGGAGAUCAACACCGGCUUUAAUAAACCAUGUAAUGGAGGCGGUUCUGGAUCUCUGAAAGGGCUCAGAGGAUCUGCAGUAGGGAGCAUUGUCUGGUGGUGGAUGUGGACUUUAAAACAGCGUGUCUCAACAUCUCAUCCUCAAUUAUCAAUUUUUAAUCUGAUUGCACUACAAAAGAAAAGCUGCUAAUGGGAUAAAUGUUGAGACUUUACAAGAACUGACUUGAAGUACCGAAAGCCAUUAUUAUUAAUCAAGGAGAACUUGAAGCUGAGUCUGUAUCUGACCAGUCAGCAUCAUUUUCACAUAACAGGCAUGGCAAGUAAACGAAAAUCCACAACACCGUGCAUGGUCUUGGCCAACGAGCAGGAUCCGGAUCUAGAAAUGGUCUCAGACUUGGAGGAAGGACCACCUGUACUGACACCAGCGGAUAACCCGGCAGCAGAGAGCGUAACGAGUGAUGAGGAUGCCCACGAGUAUGUGGAUUCAGACAAUCAGAAAAAUACAAAUAAAGUCGAAGGUGGUUACGAGUGUAAAUACUGUACUUUUCAAACUCCAGAUCUCAAUAUGUUUACUUUUCAUGUGGAUUCAGAACAUCCCAACGUAGUGUUAAAUUCGUCCUACGUUUGCGUAGAAUGCAAUUUCCUUACCAAAAGAUACGACGCUCUCUCGGAACAUAAUUUGAAGUACCACCCUGGAGAGGAGAAUUUUAAAUUGACCAUGGUGAAACGUAAUAAUCAGACAAUCUUUGAACAAACAGUAAACGAUCUCACUUUUGAUGGGAGUUUUGUUAGAGAAGAAAACGCUGAGCAGGCUGACUCUUCUGAAGUCCCCUCAUCAGGGAUCUCUAUUAGCAAAACUCCUAUUAUGAAAAUGAUGAAAAACAAAACAGAGACUAAACGUAUUGCUGUUUUCCACAAUGUAGCUGAUGACAUUCCUGGUGAAGAAAAGGGAACUGAAAACGAGCCAAACUCUGAAGAAGUAGUAGAAAACCCACCACCAGCAGUUUCUGAGUCAAAAGCGAGCCAUUCGGUUGUUGGUAGUGCAGCGGAUGUGGCCAGUGCGAUGGUGACUCCAGCACCAGUGCUUCAGCCUGGGGUGGCACAGGUCAUAACAGCUGUUACAGCUCCACAGAACUCAAACCUGAUUCCAAAAGUCCUAAUACCUGUAAAUAGCAUUCCAGCCUAUAAUACUGCUUUGGAUAACAAUCCUCUUUUGCUUAACACCUACAAUAAAUUCCCAUAUCCAACCAUGUCGGAAAUCACUGUUCUUUCCACUCAAGCUAAGUACACAGAGGAACAGAUUAAAAUAUGGUUUUCUGCCCAGCGUCUGAAGCAUGGUGUGAGCUGGACGCCGGAGGAAGUGGAGGAAGCAAGGAGGAAACAAUUUAAUGGCACGGUGCAUACUGUGCCGCAGACCAUUACUGUUAUUCCAGCACACAUUUCCGCCGCUAGCAAUGGUUUACCUUCAAUUUUACAGACAUGCCAAAUAGUUGGUCAGCCAGGACUAGUUCUCACUCAAGUUGCAGGUGCAAAUACAUUACCAGUAACAGCCCCAAUAGCUUUGACUGUAGCAGGAGUCCCAAAUCAAACACAGUUACAGAAGAGUCAGAUUCACACUGCUCAGCCUAUUGCAGAAACCAAACAAGUAGCUGCUGUUCCAGCCCCUCAGCCUAUCAAAAAUGAAUCUGCCUUGAUGAAUCCUGACUCCUUCGGCAUCCGAGCAAAAAAAACUAAGGAACAACUGGCAGAACUGAAAGUCAGCUACCUUAAAAAUCAGUUUCCUCAAGAUUCGGAAAUUGGUAGGCUUAUGAAAAUAACGGGCCUGACUAAAGGAGAGAUCAAAAAGUGGUUCAGUGAUACACGCUACAAUCAGAGAAACUCAAAGAAUAAUCAUGGGAUUCAUCUCAACAGUGAUUCAUGUGCCACCAUUGUUAUUGAUUCAAGUGAUGAAAUGAACGAGUCCCCAACGGGAGCCGCUCCACAAAACAAGUCAUCAUGGAGCGCUUUUCCUGAUUUCACCCCACAGAAAUUCAAAGAGAAGACUGCUGAGCAGCUGCAAGUCCUCCAAGCAAGUUUUCUUAAUAACCCCGUCCUUACUGAUGAAGAGAUGAAUAGGUUAAGAGCCCAAACCAAACUCACCAGGAGAGAGAUUGAUGCCUGGUUUAUAGAGAGAAGGAAAUCAAAGGUCUUGAAGGAAGAAGGAGCUGACUUGAACGAGAGCAAUGCUGGCAGCUCAAAAGAAGAGGCUGGCGAAACAUCUGUGGGAGAUGGAGCAGCGGGACCGAAAUCAGGGUGUUCCACUUCAAGCAAAAUAGGCAAAAAAUCACCAGAGCAGUUGCACAUGCUCAAAAGUUCCUUUGUCCGCACUCAGUGGCCAUCUCCACAGGAAUACAACAAGCUGGCAGAAGAAACUGGACUCCCAAGAUCAGAAAUCGUGAGCUGGUUUGGAGAUACUCGCUACGCCUGGAAAAACGGUGGAUUGAAAUGGUAUUAUUAUUACCAGAGCGCCAGUGCAAACAGUCUGAACGGCCAAGGCUUUGCAAGGAAGAGAGGGAGAGGAAGACCAAAAGGGAGGGGGAGAGGCAGGCCUCGGGGGAGGCCUCGGGGAAGCAAGAGGUUAAAUUGCUGGGACAGAGGUGUGUCUGUCAUAAAAUUCAAAACUGGAACAGCAAUCCUGAAGGACUACUAUAUGAAGCACAAAUUCCUUAAUGAGCAAGACCUCGAUGAACUGGUAGCCAAAUCUCACAUGGGAUAUGAGCAGGUCAGAGAGUGGUUUGCAGAAAGGCAAAGGAGAUUAGAACUUGGAAUAGAGCUGUUUGAUGAGAAUGAGGAGGAAGAUGAAAUGUUGGAAGAUCAGGAAGAUGAGGAAGAAACGGAUGAUAGCGAUACUUGGGAACCCCCCCGACAUGUUAAGCGUAAACUUUCAAAGUCAGAUUGAUGUGCAAUUUGGGAUUGGGGGGCCAAAAACCUAUUAAUGGGUUUGAUGUUACGGUGAAGAGCCAAAUGAUUUCUUCAUGGCCUUCAGUUUAGCAAGCACCUGCUUAGCAUCUUUCUUCCACCUGAAAGAACCUGGGCAAGAUGCAACCUGCAAGAUGCAACCUGCAAGCAGGCAACGACUAUUUGCUUCCUUGCUGCAAGAGGUGGACAUCCUCAGGCCUAGCCUAGGACAUGGGAUUAUAAAUCGGAUCCAGUUCAGCUCCUCCUCUUCCACGUUACUGAUGGGAAGGUUCAUGUUCAUCAUUCACGUGACUGCUUCUCAAUAUUUAAUUGCCUUAUGUUGUUUAAUUCCAAAAAAACCACAGACUCAUUUUUUUUUGUUGAUGUAGGAGAACAUUGCCUGCUCACGAAGGAGGAACAUACAAAAACCUAGGAUGUCUUUUUGCAAACAUCACUUCACCUGAAAGGUUUCAAGGCCUGGGUUUAUUUCUUAAGGAAAGAGUUCAAAACAAAAGAGAAGGGGAAAAGUGUAACAAAGGAAUCAAUGAACCUAGGGCUGCCCAGUGUGGUGAAGGGGAAGCAAUUCUUGAAAAAGUUCAAGAGAACUGGUUAACUGUGAAUGGGCCUAAUCUUUCGUGAAACCAGGAACAUUUUUGGACACACACAGGACUUGAAUACUCAAAAGGAUUGGAACUUAGUGUUGUGCCAAAGUUAAACUACUGCAGUUUGCAGAAGUUCUGCACUGUAAAUAGAAGACUGAUCAAAAGACAGCUUUUAAAAAAAAAAAAAAAAAAAAAAAAAGAAAACCACAAAAAAAAUCAGAUUUUAAUACAGUACAUUUUUAUUCUGAUACACGAUGGAAACAUUCUGUUUUAGACCUUUUUUGAAGAGGCUUCAGUGACCACUAGAUUUUGUCCUCUUAUAUUUUGUUUGGCCUAAUACUAUAUGUUCUAGUAAGAUGGGCUUUACUGCCUGUGUUCUUUGAUAUGUGAUUAAGCUUAUAGCUUUGAGUGACCAAACAUUUUACAGAGUAAAAGUUCUUAGAAACAGUAUAACGUAACUGAUAUUUCUGUGUCUUAUUUAUCAGGCUCUGCACAAACUUGGGAAGUUGUGCUGGACUUGUACAACUCCUCUAUGGGAACGCAGCAUACUUCUGGAUGUUACCACCGUAAGCCUUUGUGGCAGGACGGAUCUUGUCUUUGGAUUUAUUUUUGUUAUUUUUUUUGAGGCAAAGAGACGAUGGAUGCUGCUGUAACAUACUUGUAAUAUUGCCAUUAUUGCUUUCUGUAGCAAUUACUGCUUUUGCUUCAACAGAUAAAGAAAAUAAAUCAGAGAGAGGAAAAUCCUGAAAGACGCUGGGAGAAGAAAAGGAUCAUGUGGGAACUGCUGAAAAUAAACUUUGUACCAAAAAUUUGAAAACAGAAAUAAGAGAAUAAACGUCUCCUUCCUGAGCACGUGUGGGUUUAGGAGGUGGUGUGGAAACCAGCAACUGUGUCUGUAGGAAACUGUCACAAACCACGUCUUCUCAAAUGUCUUUUUCUCCCCCCCCCCCCCCAUUACACAAAACUGAAUCUCGCUGAUCCCUCAGAUGUGUUGAAUUUGGAGAACUGGCUUUUGGCUGAGCAGCCAGCGUGAGGUCAGCUCCACGUGCGUGUCAGUACAGCUGCUUGUUGCUGAACUGUUCUGCUGCGUCAGCAGGCCAGGGACGCUCACGUGGUUGUUCCCAUUAAGGCAGAUGCUCUUUAUUAUCGCAGUGGAAGUACUCGGGGUGGGAAGGGUAGGGGCGAGUGGGAACCUGCUCUCUGCUGAAGCCCUGUCAGUGGGACAUUAUGCUUUGUGGUUGCUUUUAACAUGUGCCGCCUUCUCAGAGAAGGCAGCUCUGAGAUGAGCACUUUCUGUUGAGCUCUGCAUCCCUCUGGUGAGCCCAACUUGCUGUCGCUCAUACAAGCUCCCCGCUGCCUUGUAUCAGUGUGACCCAUCACACCGACUGCUUCAACUGUUGUGCUGCAACAUGAGGGGCUCAAGACCCGGUCUUCCCCUCAGGCAUCGUGCCUACAGACCUGUCCCCACCUCAAAGAAAGAUGUUUAUGGGGAUAGAAUCGCUCCUGCGCUGUAGCUUACGUUAGUCCUGGAAAAUCACAUCCCUGGCUGAAGUAGUGACCUACGCACAGGCCUGGAGAUGGGCGCCAGUCAUCAGUACAGCUUGGUGUUUGGCCAGAUAGUUUGACUUGGUUCAGUGAAAAAAGGGGGAGGGAGAGAAAGAAUGCUUAUUCAAGAAUCCGUCAGCUAAUGAGGGAGCUAUGAAAAGCCCUGGAUUACGCACGCAGUCACCUUUUUUUAAGCAGUUACCUUUUUUGUUUACAGUGUUAUCAGUGAUUCCAAAAUGCUGCAAUUCAGUCGAUAUUUUCACAAGAGACCAGCUGGCCUUGUGGGUUGUUUCCCCUCUCCCAGCCUCCUCUUCCCAGCCCCUUCCAUCUUCCAUUUGUUUUCAUUACACUAUUGUCAACUACUAUAUUUAAGAAUUUAAAAUACCAAGUCACUUUGUGCACUGCCUUAUUUUUUCCUUUUACACCAAAAAAGUCUCCUCUAGAAUGAUGUUAAAUUGCUCCCUGUGGGCUUGGCGUUGCUUUGGAAUACUGCUGGUGGUGGUCUUUAGUCUGUCAGAUGAUGGUUUCUAACAUUUUUGGUUGUUAAAUGACUUGUUGCACUUCAAAUGCUGUAAAACAAAACCUUUGAAUAUAUUUAUAUGUUUCUACCGCUAUAAUGUUGAACUAUGAGCAUUGUGACUAAUUCAUCUCCCGUGUGUGUUUCUUUACAGGCUCAGUGCUGAGCUGAUGUUCAUUAACUUAAAAGUAUUUAUUUGGUAGAAGAAAGAAAAGACGGAAAAGGGGAAUGAAAGUGUGUGUCACACCUAGUUGAUUUGUGUCUUUGGGUGAAAAUAAAGGUCAGUGUUGGCAGCA